CUGAAGUCCUCACGCAUCAAGCCGCAUUAUCUGUAAAGAGGAAGCCGACGAGACGUACCGAUUAAAAACACAUCAAAUUGUCUCUAAAAUGAGAUGAAGAGCCUUAAGAAAGGUAAGAGGUAUUUAGCGUGUUAUUUUGGGAGUGUUGGGUUACACCGGGUCCCGUUGAUAUAACAGGAUCAUUGGCAAGGAAUUCGUAAUAGCAGAAUCUAUUCAUGCUUUCUCGUACGUUAACAUCCAAAUAAAUAUCAUAAUUGUUAGGAUUAAAAUGACCAAAUAUUGCUAUUCAUUUACUCACUUUGCCCAUCAAUGGUUGUUAUGGACGCCUAAAACUAACUCAUCAUUGGCGUAGAUGAGAGCGUCAUUAUUUCACAAGGCUGUGUUAUUAUAAGACGUGUUUUAUGGUUAUGUUGAACAAACAUAAUAUACUGUACUUAUAAUAGACUCCAGAAACAUGAUCCCAACUCGUCUGUUAUCGCUUGUGCUUGUUUUGAGAACAUAAACUACUAAAUGGGGAGAGUUUAUUUUUGUUAGUUUUAUUGAUCCUUACAUCUCAACACUGGUUUAAAUACCCAAAUGCCAGUAAUAAGCAAAUUAAUUAAAUGAGUUGAUUGGAAUUUGCUAAAGAGUCUCAUGUCUAUAUUGUAAGGCCACAUCACUUUGGACAAAGGUGCAGGUGUGUGGUUCUUUGAAUGAAUAGCUGAUCCCAAAUGCCCAAUGAAUAGGAAUAUUAAUUCAGUGUGAAUAUUGUAAUUUAUGAUAUUGAAUGAUCCUUUCUAGUUUCUAACAGAUUGAUGUCAACUUUUGUUUAGGCUCCUUUGAAGACUCAGUUGGAUGACAUGAAACAUUUAGCCUUUGGUUUUAGGAUUGAGAUUAAAGCUGCUUUGAUGGGUUGCGAAUACAUUACCAGGGAAUAAUGCAACGGAAACUGCCUUUUUGUGGUUUCGACACAUAAUCUGCAUGUUUUUUCCUCAAAGGUCCAAACAUCAAUUGAGCUCCUUAAUUAUAAUCCUUAUGUAAAGACUCAUUAAUAUGGUAUGUAUCAAAAUCUGAAUAUGUUCCAAAGCAUGAAGCUUGUGGUUUUAUGCAAUAUUUUAAUACUGCCAUUACUAAGAAUUAAUAUUAUUUUGAAUAGAAAGCAUACAGUUAAUUUCACAUAUGCAUAGUUAAUCCUAAUCUUUUUCUUUAAAUCUUGGUCAGGGAGAUUAGUGGUUUUGGAGACAAUUGCACUAGGAGAUUAAUCCAAAUAAUUAGCUAAAAGCACUAGGAUUUUAUUUUUUAUCAUUAUUUAAGUUUGAAUUCACAUAUUCCAAGCACCAUAAAAACUACAUAUAUACAUGUAUCAAGGCUAAAAUGCUGUGGUAGGUUUUGUCCAAAUUAAACAUUUUCAUUGUCUUCUGAUUUUGUUUCCUCUGGUUGAUUUUUGAAGACUGAAUAUAGUAACAUUAAGUUUUGUGCAAACAUUUGAGUUUGGUGGUUGUGGACUAUUAAUCUUAACUGUAAAAGUACAAUACCAAUUUUUUCAGUGUAUUUAAUGUCAAUAGACAUUAUGGUACAUUUAAAGAUAGGCUCAAACUAGUUUACUUAUGACGCACCUUUAAGCAUAAAAUGUCUUUGAGGCCAUUGACCGACAAGGCAGCUGCGUUCGGACCGAGGCAAAGUUACAUUUGCACUUGAAGAUUCAAGAUCGGCUCCUACGGCCCCGGCUACUGACACUCUAUUGUUCUUGUCUUUUCACUGAGUUCUUUUUGUCCUCCGGGCCAUGUGUCUCAAUCAAAACACACACAGGAGAGCUUUGUGCAGUCAGCUAUGGGUUUGAGUGUACACAGAGACAUAUUGUGGGAGCGAAGGAGGAAAAAAGAAUCGUUCUGAGAAGUGAGAACAUGGUGAGAAAAUUGAAGAAACAGCGAAGAAAGUGAUUGAAUAAAGAAGCAGUAAAAAUGAUUUUUGUUCUGCGCCUGCAUUUACCUCAACAAUCUUCUCAGAAGAUUCUGGUUAAACCCUUUAAUAAAAACAGGGCUUUUUCUUACCCUAGGGCCACUCACAUCCCUUGUGAAAAGUGUUUAGAUCACGGGCAAAUCAGUAGAUAGGCCCCUGCGGAUGGUGCGUCACACAUAGUCAGCGCUUCAGGUCCUGUGGGGCAUGAAGGGAUUCUCAGUUGAAGUACCACAUCUUAAAUACUACUCUGGAGGCUCAUGAUAAUAAUGUUUUUGAUUGUUCUACUUUGAAGUAAUUUAUAAAGAUGUGUGGCUUGAUAUCUAAUCAUAGAAACUAAAUUAGUGAAUACACAAUUCUUGUUUUAAGCCUCAUCUGCAGUUUGCUUACCUUUCAGAAUAGAGUUCAAUGAACCAGACGUGAUCAUUUUUGUGAAAAAGUACAAAUUGGUUUUAUAUGCAAUUGGCUGGGGAUUAUAUUCACUUGCACUGGGGAAUGAGAAGGAUCAUUAUGCAGGUACAUCUAUGCACUUGAAAGGGUCGUUUUAGGACUCUUGCUUGCAUCUGAAUCUUCAGCAGUGGUGCACACACAUAUACAGAAAGACGUUUGAAGCCAGAGGACCUUGAGUAUUCAUGAGAAGCAUCACUUUGAUUUUGUGUACUCAAUAGAGUUUGUGAAUUAUAGGGAAAUAAAAUAUAAAAUAUAAUAAUAUUUAAUAUGGGUCAAAUAUCUACCUCAAAUAAUCUUCAUUUCGGCAUAGAACCUCUAUAUUUUCAUAGGAAAGGUCUUGCUUAUAUGGCCUUCGGUGGUUUCCCGAUUUAGAAUUAAACACUUACUCUCAGUGAAUGAAUGAGGAGGGAUUAAGAGAUCCUGCCGUUUCAUGCUGUGGUUUUUUAUUAGAUUGUCCAGUCACUGAUCAGUUUUGGCAAUUACACAAACAUGAACUGCACUCGCACACAAACACACACACACACACACACACAGACUUAUACGUUUUUGUGACAUUAGGGUUGUUUUGUGUUGAUACUUGGGGAGUUUUUGCAUCAAGAAUAAACAGUUUGUUUGUAUUGUAUCAAUUAAUCCUGUCGCAAAACUAAGCUCAGCAGCUUCUGUCAGCAUCACCUAUGAUCUCAUGCAUCAAGAGACACAUUGUUACACCUAAUAGUGGUGAUGAAGGUGCAAGACGAAACUUCUGCAGUUCAACACUGUUGGUGUUGUUUUUCUAACAAGUUUUUUGUUUUCUGUAUGGGUUCUUUGGUAGCCGUUUGUGGACUGAAUGUUUUAUGUCAUCAACUAGAUUUGUACAUUUUGUGAUGAGAUUUUUUUUUAAAUUCGUAAAAAUGAAAUAUUCAUUUUUUUAUUCAAUUGAUUUUGCUUCAUGCAUCAUGCGUGUGUAUUGCAUGUUCAGUGUUGGGGCUGAGUGGCUCUAGAGAGUAAGGUGAGAACACUCUGUGUUCAUACAUUCAGCACUAUAGGGACAUUGUUACGGAACCUCCAUCAGCAAACUCACAAAUUACAUCCUGAAAACACACUCACUCACUCACACACACACACACACACACACACACACACAAACAAACAAACAAACACAUUUAUCUAUCUGUCUAUCUAUUGUUUUUAUAUUUGUAGGAUAUCACCGGUGUCCUUCUGAAACCUUGUUCCUCCAUAUUCAGUGAUUUUUAUUGUUUGUCCUAAAUCAUUGUUGUUAUUAGUCAUCCAUUAUGUUUGUCACUGGGUUUUGGAAAUAUCUAACCACUUAAAGUGCUUGUCAACCUUGACAAAACAUUUUUAAUCAUUUAGUCAUAUAAAAAGUACAGACAUCUUGGGUUUCAGAAGAAGGGCAACAAUAUAUUUCAUAGAUAUUUUAAAUGUGUAAUUACAUUUUUCAAAUAAUUAGUUUUCAUUUCAGAUGAUUGUUUAUGUAUAUAAACGGAUCCACAGUACGCAGGCAUUCACAUGUUUUACCACCUUUACCUUAAAUUAAGUUGAGGAAAGUACAGGGUAAAGAUCAUGGUCCAUAUUUACUACUUAUCCCUCUCUAUGUCCAGGUAAAAAGUCCUCAGUCUAGGCGUCCUUCAGUUACAAGUGUGUGACUAAAAAAGACAGGGAUUAGGAUCUAUGUACACACUAAUCCCAGAGAAGAAGACGCACUUGGGAAGCAGAGAAAAAGCACACAGAGAUGAACAAAUGAGAGGGAGUGGCUGUUUUCCGUGUGAGGCCCCCAUUUUUGAAUAACCAAACAGCCAAAGAUGUUGAAUGAGAGGAAGCGGCGUACGAGAAACAAGGACCAAAGAGAGCAGCACGGAGCCUCAUUAUAGCACCUAGGCAACAAUCACAGCCCUCUUCUGUCUAUUUUUAUCGUUGGUUAAGAAACCGCACCAAUUACAUCAGGAACAUCUGAUAAGGGCCGGGGAGAUGUGGGAUUGAGGGGCAGGAAAAGCUGUCGCUGUGCACCUGGCCGCUCGGCUGAAGAAACAGACGACUGUAAACAUCUGCUCAUUUGCGCUUGGAUAUGCGUGUCACUUUGAGUCGAGAUGAGGCGGUGAAAAGCUAAUUUUGCAAAUUGACACAGGCACACAAAACAACAUGUGAAGGUAAGCAAGGUUGUAUCUAAAAAUUGCACCAAUCUAUUUGAAUAAGUGGUGGAUUUAGUUUAUUUAAGCAAUUUAUAUUUUUUCUCAUAUACAAUGACUCCAAAUGAAAUUCAUUUUUAAUUAAAAUAAAGCACAAAUGUACUUUUUUACCUUGAGACAAGAUAGGGUAAAGUUGAUUUUAAGUAUGAUUUAAAUAUCAACAAGUGUCAAAAUACAUGGGGUCAUUGUAUCAUUGACAUUUUUCAUAUAAAAAUAAUACAUAUUUUUUACUUUUUUAACAAUUGUUUGUAAAUUAGUUGGCAUGGUAUGAUUCUACAUUUUCUCUUGAUUGUGUAUCGUUACACCUUCAGGUGGUAGGGUUAGGUCUCCUGCCAUGAGCUAAGCCCCCCAGUGGCCUGUGGCAGGAUGACUGCUGUCUACCCGGCUGGGGGGGGCUCCGUCGGGGUCUCCGCCGUGGCCACGGUCCCCCAGCAUUAUGCACGAUGGAGCCGACAGGACAGUUCUGACAUCUGCACGGAUGAUGAAGGACCCCAGCUACGUCGCCUCAGCCCACUGGAAAAACUCAAUCUGGACAUGUGCCAAGAUGAGAAGAUGGUAAGAGAGCUCACUGUGGGCCGACGCAUCGGCUUCUAUAAGAUACGCGGUGAGAUCGGCUGCGGAAACUUCUCCCACGUCAAACUAGGCAUCCACGCUCUGAUGAAAGACAAAGUGGCCAUCAAGAUCUUGGAUAAGACCAAACUCGAUCAGAAGACCCAGAGGCUUCUCUCACGUGAGAUAUCUAGCAUGGAAAAGCUGCACCAUCCGAAUAUCAUCCGCCUGUAUGAGGUGGUGGAGACGCUGACCCGUCUGCACCUGGUCAUGGAGUACGCAAGCGGAGGGGAACUCUACACAAAGAUCAGCACAGAGGGGAAGCUCUCUGACAUCGACAGCAAGAUUGUCUUCUCUCAGGUUCUUUCAGCUGUGAAACAUAUGCAUGACAACAACAUCAUUCACAGAGACCUGAAAGCAGAGAACGUGUUUUACACCUGUAGCACCUGUGUUAAAGUAGGCGAUUUUGGCUUCAGCACCGUCAGCCGUCGCGAUGAAACCCUCAACACCUUCUGUGGCUCUCCCCCUUACGCCGCCCCUGAGCUCUUCAGAGAUGAAAAUUACAUCGGUGUUUGCGUAGACAUCUGGGCUUUGGGGGUCCUGCUGUAUUUCAUGGUGACAGGCACCAUGCCCUUCCGUGCCGAAACGGUGGCCAAGCUGAAACGUUGUAUCCUGGAUGGGACGUACACGGUGCCAUCAUGGGUACCCGAACCGUGUCAGAAGCUGAUUAGAGGAAUCCUCCAACCGCAACCGUCUGACCGCUACAGUGUAGAACAGAUGAUGGGCUGUGAGUGGCUUUUGCCGAUAGAGUUUCCCAAAGCCAUGGAGCCAUUUAGACUAGACCCAUUGUACUUGGCUGAGUCCGGUCCGAGGGAGCUGGAGGAGCAUGAGAUUGAAAUUAAGAACGCGCUGGAGAACCUUGGUAUUACUGCAGACCACAUUCGUAACAACCAGGGCAAAGACUGUAGGAGCUCCAUUACAGGAGUGUAUAGGAUUUUAUUACACCGGGCACAUAAACGACAAGCAGUGGAGAGUAUGCCAGUAGUUACCCAUGUAGUAAAUGCAACUGAAGUUAAAAAGGACCGUCUGAAAGCAUACCGGAGCCUUAGACAUACGUCCAAACUCUGCAUCAUUUUAUGAUGCUAAAAGAAUGGAAACCUUUGAUUAUGUAUAAAGGAUGGGUAACUUAGUAGUUAUGUUUGAUAUACCUCUUUUGUUAUCUUUUUCAUUGAAAAUGAAUUCAGCCUUAAAUGGAAUGUGGGACAGCAGCUGGCCUGAAUGUUUUUGAGCGAAGCAAGACUUUUGUCCUGAUGUCAUGAAAGUUGUAUUUCAGAUAUUUAAUAAAGUACUUUUGACUCCA